AUGACCGGAAAAUACUUUCAGAGAGAGGUGUUGCCGGUAACGGCGCUGGUAAUAAUGGAGUGUGCGAACGUUGGGCUAAACACUCUGUUCAAGGCAGCGACUUUGCAAGGCAUGAACUUUCAUGCCUUCAUCGUUUACUCUUACGGUCUCGCUGCUCUUCUUCUCCUCCCUUCUCUUUGCUUCUCCUUCAGAUCAAGAACGCUUCCUCCGAUGAAUUUCUCAAUUCUCUACAAAAUCGUGCUUCUAGGGUUAAUUGGCUCUCCAACACUUGCUUCUGCAAUCAGCAACCUCACUCCUGCGUUUACCUUCUUGCUCGCCGUCCUUUUCAGGAUGGAGAGUGUAUCUUUCACGAGAACAAGUAGUGUGGCUAAAAUGUUGGGAACUGUAGUUUCCAUAGGAGGAGCUUUUAUUGUGACUCUUUACAAUGGUCCUGUUGUGAUCGCAAUGUCACCACCAUCUGUUUCUAUGCGAUCACAAUCUCCAAACCAUAAUUGGAUCAUCGGUGCAGCUUUCCUCUCGGUUGAGUAUUUCAUGGUUCCAUUGUGGUACAUUGUUCAGACUCAAAUCAUGAGAGAGUAUCCAUCCGAGUUCACAGUUGUUUGCUAUUAUAGCUUAGGCGUCAGCUUUUGGACCUCGCUUGUCACGUUGUUAACCGUAGGAAGUGACUUGAGUGUAUGGAAGAUAAAACCAAAUAUAGCUCUUGUGUCAAUCGUUUGCUCGGGAUUGUUUGGAUCUUGCAUAAACAAUACUAUCCACACAUGGGCGUUGCGGAUCAAGGGGCCUUUAUUCGUUGCAAUGUUCAAGCCUUUGUCUAUUGCGAUUGCUGUUGCAAUGGGAGUUAUCUUCCUCCGAGAUUCUCUCUACAUUGGCAGGGGCAACGGUAAUAACGAUAGGGUUUUACACGGUGAUGUGGGGGAAAGCCAAGGAAGUAGCUAUGGUCGAAGAUGA